AUGUCUACCGAAGCUAAAGGAAGUAAUGAUUCUAUUGAUAGUGGAAUCAACACAAGUAAUAAUUUGUUUAUUGACAGAGCUGAAGAGUAUAAUGAUGAAUUGUUUGUUGAGAAGAGAGAUAUAUUGUUACAAGAUAUAACAAACACGAUGGACUCAAUACUUAAUAGUUUAAACGGUUUAAAUAUAUCAUUAGAAAGUUCAAUUUCGUUAGGUAGUCAAUUUGAGUCUGUAUGUGAGCUUUGGAAAUCUUUCUAUAACAAUAAUAACAAUAACAGUAAUGAUAAUAGCACUGACGAUAAUAAGAAAAGUAAUAACAGUACCAACUCAGAUGUUGGUACUGAUGCUGAUUGA